GGAAGGUAGGCUUAGAGGACUCGAUCAACGGCGGUUACACGUGAGACUAGCCUGACGGAUGGGUCAGAAUAAUCGACCAGAGGGCAUAAAUGACGAAAGAAAUGAGGUCUAGUAGCGGGCCCUGGGGCGUGAAGGUGGGAGAGGGGGGAAAAGGCGACCGGAGUCUUACAGGAAGCCCGAUGGGUGCACCCUUGGACGACGUUGGCAAGAAGGGUGACGGGAGAGGGAAGAACAAGGUAUUCCGGGGAACCGACAGCUUUGAGGGCUGCAGGCUGACAGUUAAGGUACGGCAAAAACGCACUGGGCAGGCAGUGGUAGAUGUAGAAUUGGAGGGCGCCGUCGAAGGGGAGGAAGACGGAGGGAGGAGAGAGAAGAAGGGAAAGAAGAGUGAUAGGAGGAAUGGAGACGGGAGGAAGAGUUUUGGUCAGGUCAUGACGGAACAGCCGUAUCGGCUACUAGUUCAGGUAAGUAAAGCCAGUAAACCAAUGAAAGGAUCGAGUUGCAGACUUCAAUGGCGCUUAUUCGCCUCCCAAAUUUUAUCCUGA